AUUUUAUUGCAGCAGCAAGAAGAAAGAAAGAGGCGGGAGGGGAAGCGAGGGUUUUUAGGGUUUUAGGGAUUUUACUUUUCCCCUUUAGGGUUUCUUUCUGCAAUUUCAUUCCGUCUUUUAGUCUGAAGGGGAAAAAGCUCAAAAGGGAUGGAAGGGAUAACGGAGGGAGUGAAGAAGGUGAACUUGAAUGAAACUACCCAGAAGAGGAACCGUAUCCAAGUCUCCAAUACCAAAAAAUCCCUCUUCUUCUAUGUUAACCUUGCCAAGAGGUACUUGCAGCAAUACAAUGAGGUGGAACUUUCUGCUCUUGGAAUGGCAAUUGCCACUGUGGUUACCAUUGCUGAAAUUUUAAAGAACAAUGGAUUUGCUGUUGAAAAGAAGAUAAGGACCUUGACUGUGGAUAUGAGGGAUGAGCCUGGAGCACAACCAGUCCCUAAAGCAAAGAUCGAGAUUGUGCUGGGCAAGACGGAUAACUUUGAUGAAUUGAUGGCUGCUGAAGCAGAGCAAAGAGAUUAUGUGGAGAAUGAGGAUCAGAACUGAAAUAUGAUUCCUGGAGUCUUCUAUCUGUCUUCUCUUCUCCUUUCUGAAGUUUGGUUGUCUGUGCAAAUACCUAAAUAGAAAGAACAAAAUUUGGGAUCUGCAAUGGUAUUAAUUUGGAUUUAAUUAAAACAUAUCCCUCUGUAUUUAACUCUUAAAAUUUCAUCAUAGGGUUCUUUUUAAAUGAUUCUGUAGUUCAGAGUAUUUGGGAUCUUGCUGAAUCCUUGGUAUCCAUUAUUCUUAUCGCUAAUUGUAGGGAUUCAAUUUUAUGGCAAUCAACUCGAAUUUUUUUGGCUUUGCCAGAUAUUCUUUGAUGA